UUUAGUAUAUACAAGAUGUGCAAACCAGACAGGUGCGUCGCGGGCUCUGCUGGAGGAGUCAAACAGGAACUCGCCAUGGCUGACCAGACUUCGAUUCAAUGAAGUUAAGAAGCGGCACUUUUUUUUCAUCGGCACCAAAUCCAUUGAUUUCUGAAGUGGAAUCACGUACAGUUUCCUAGACAUCUCUCUCUCUAUCUCCACAUAAAUGUGACGGAGGAGGGAGGGGGAUUGCGAUUUCAGCUCGCGAUUGAGAAUUUCUUCGGAUCUCUCUACUUUAGAGACGAUGGGAGUGUGCGUGUCGAAGCCCAAGGCGUGUGUUGGAAUGAAAGGGAAAUUGAAGAGGAAGCGGAAUCGGCAGAGAACGAGGCGGAUUAAGAAGGCUCACUCUGCUAAUAAUCGAAAUAGGGUCGAGCCAUCGAGUCAGAGAGAUAUUUCUUUCAGCAAUCCUGCAUUCCAAGGGAAUAGUGACUCAUGGUAUGAUCCCGACAUCGAAAUCGAUUCCGACGGGGAGGAUGAAUUUUACAGCGUUCAAGAUGAUGUGUCCCAAGCUGGAUCCUUAUCCAAUGUUGUAACUCCGAGAUUUUCCAACAAUGUCGUGGGCGGCGGCAACAGCACUGAUUCUCAGCUGAGCUCUGAUGAUCCUCAAAAUGAGGUGAAAAAUUCAGUUUCAUUUGAUAAGUCCUCUGUUCAAUGCGAUGGUGAAAAUUCCAACACAGCAGCAUUGCACAGCUGUGGGUGUAUAUCGAAUACUUGUCUCCCUUGUCUUGCUUGCGACGAAGACUCUGAUGGGAAAAAAAAACCUCCGACUGUCGGAGGUGCAAUCAUAAAGAAGAAAUUAUCGUUUACACCUUCUCUGAAAUGGCGAGAAGGGCAAGAUAAUCCCGUCUUGCCAUCACCAAAGGCUAUUGUUCAAAGACCGAUAGCCGGGUCUCAAAUUAUGCGAUCUUCAUUGGAGAAGAAUGUACCCGAGAGUUGGUCUCAAAUUGAGCCAAAUAUGUUUAAAGUACGUGGACGAAACUAUACUAGAGAUAAAAAGAAAGAAUUUGCUCCAAACCACGCUGCAUAUAUUCCUUUCGGCGUGGAUGCCUUCUUAUGUCCCCGCAAGAUCGAUCACAUUGCUAGAUAUGUUGAACUCCCUGUUGUUGAUUCUCCCGGAGAAGUCCCCCCUAUUCUUGUUGUAAACCUUCAGAUUCCUCUUUACCCGGCCACACUCUUUCAAAGCGAGUACGAUGGGCCCGGAGUGAGCUUUGUUUUCUAUUGCAAACUUUCGGAGAAUUUUUCACUACUUCCAGUUCAUUUUCAAGAAAACAUAAAGAGGAUAAUUGCCAAUGAAACUGAGAGGAUCAAAGGCUUUGCCAUGGAUACAAAUGCGCCCGUACGGGAAAGAUUAAAGAUCUUAGGCCGUGUGGUAAAUGUCGAGGAUCUUCAAUUAGGUGCUGCCGAGAGGAAACUUAUGCAGGCUUACAAUGAAAAGCCGGUUCUUUCGCGCCCUCAGCAUGAGUUUUACUUGGGAGAAAAUUAUUUUGAGAUCGACUUAGAUAUCCACAGGUUCAGUUACCUCGCACGGAAAGGUUUUGAAUCGUUUCAUGACAGAAUCAAGCACUGUGUUUUCGACUUUGGUCUUACUAUUCAGGGAAAUAAGCCAGAGGAUCUUCCCGAGUGUAUUCUGUUCUGUCUGAGAUUGAAGGAAAUCAACUACACUAACUAUUGCCAACUGAGCUUCUGAAUCGAACUUUUUUAACUUGAGAGGUAUGUUUUGGGGCUUGUCUGGUCCCGACAUGGACGGGGAGGCUCUUGUUUUUGUAUUGUCAAUGGAAGGAAGGGUUCCGACAUAUCAGUCUGUGCUACUGCUUCCCAACUGUACAGUGCUGAUAUCAGAGGAGUGAGUGUACAGAUUUAUACUGAGAUUGUAACGAAUUAAUGUUAAAAAAACUUUAAAGUCACAUUCUUUCAUGGUCAAUAAAUAUAAACGAUCCAUCCGUUCAUCGUUUGGGCAUUGUGAUA